AUGGCCGAUCCCGCGCACGUUCUCACCUCGCAUCUUAUCAACCAAAUUCGCGCUUCGUUGUCAAUACUCGAGCAGCUCAACGUCCUACCAGCCGGCGAUGCAGAUGCCAUUCGCACCAAACUACCCCCGCCAAAUGGUCCCUUCCCGGCUCUCAGCUCAAAGCUGGACGCGGCAUUUAGUCAGAUGACAAUCGCCACUGCACCUCCUCCAGUACCGCAGAGAUCACGAGAAUCCAGGGGGAAGGCACUAUGGGACUAUACUGGAAAUGAAGCGGACGAUCUACGGUUCAGAGCGGGGGAUGAGAUCAUAAUUGACGAGGAAGUAAACGAGCAGUGGUAUCGAGGUCGAGUCAUACCGCAGGGCGAGCAGUAUCCUCGCAACCAUCGAGGGAUCUUCCCCAGCAAUUACGUGGAGAAAAUACAAUCUGUAGUGCCGUACCAGUCGCCUCAGCCGUACCUUCCCCCACAGCCGUACCAACCCCCUCAGCCGCCAUACCCCCAGGUGGUAGUGCAGGAGGAUCGCAAGAAUGGAAGAUUUGGAAAGAUAGGGUCAACGCUUGGGCAUAGCGCAGUGGGAGGGCUCGGAUUCGGAGCGGGCUCGGCCAUAGGAUCGGACCUCGUGAACAAGCGCAACGCCAUCGUCUUCCCUCUAGACCUCGCUACCACCCGCAUGCAGCAUAAUGUCAAGAAGGUCUCCCUCAUCAAGACCCUUCUACAACUCGUCAAUCGACACGGGUACACCCGGCUAUAUGCCGGUCUCACUGCCGACACCCUCUCCACCAUCCUCUCCAGCUUCCUUUACUUUUUGAUCUACGCCUCUCUCGAGCGCGCCGCCCAUCAGUGGCGCAAGCGCCGAGAUCUGACGCCCGCGGAGCACGGCGCCGCCGCUGCGUCAGCAGAGAUCCUCAUUGGGACGAUCGCUGGCGUUGCGUCCAAGCGCCUCGCACUUCCCAUCUCGGCGGUAUGCAUCCGCCAGCAGCUGGGAGAGGAGCCAGAGAGUAUCAGCAAGACACUGAGCAAUAUGCUCAAGGAGGGCGGCGUGCUUGGGCUUUUCCACAUCCCACUCUCGGCGGCGUCCUUGGCGCUCCUCCCCAGCUUGACCCUUUACUUCCAUAACGCUCUUCUCCCUCGUCACCCGUCCGCCUCCACGACCUUUGCCGUCGCGGCCAUUUCCAAUGCGCUCGCCACGAUCCCCCUGUACCCUCUCAUCUUGGCCAAAUCGCUCAGCCUGUCCGGCCGGUCUCGCGACCGCUUUGGCCCCUACAAACGGAUCAUCCGCGAAGAAGGAAUCAGCGGGCUCUUUAAAGGUAUCGAGGGACAGCUCCUCAAAGGGCUGGUCCAGCAAGGGGUCAUGAUGGUUGUCAAACAAAGGUGCGUUCAUGCUUGA